AUGGCGACAGCUUCACCAACCCCAAUGGGGUCGAGUCAAUUUGCAGCUAUCCGAAGACCUGCCUCACGAAAUGCAUAUAAACCAGCUCCUACCCGAACGUCUUCUACCAGGCCAGAUGCAGAAUCAGCCCGACACUAUUCGCUCAACGACAGCUCAGACGACGAAAUUCCAAUGCCGAUGAAAUUGAGUGCCCUCACAAAAGCUUUACUAGAUGACGAGGCCUCAGUCGUUGAAACUCCAAUCGCUGCUCGUAUGACACCAGAGGCUCCUCAAAAAUCACAGACAAGAGUGGAAAGUGCAGGUAUUUUGGGGUCAUCUACCAGGGGGAAGCAAUCGCCGCUUGGAAGCCGUGAAAACAGCCCUACCUAUCCGCGAAGAGUUGUGCGAGUGAGUGGUACGCCUGGCUCUACAUCGCUACGAAGAGGUCCUUCAUUAUCUAGUGCGGUUCAGAAGCACAAUGAACAGCAAGCGGCACUAAAAACGGAAGGGGGCGCAUUAGACCUGAGCACCCCCGCACCAGUACCCAGGACCGUACGAGUAUCUAUUGGUAGAUCUUCAAUUGGUUCUUCCGGAAGACCUUCUGGUAGAUCAGAAUCACCACAACAGGAAAAUGAGUACGAGAAUGAAGGGCCAUAUGAAUAUCCUUCAACAGUUACAAGGUCACAUCUAGCUGUGAGCCAGGGAAGUGUAUCGAGAUACAACCCCUCUGCCGCGGGUCGUUCGAGGUAUGGCGAAGAAAUAGGAUUGCAAAGUUCCAUGAGAGUCAAGAGAGGUGCAGUUCCCAAAGUUUUUGGAACAUUCAUGAGAGGCCCGGCUCGGAGAGGACGACCACGGAUAUCUCAGUCAGAUGAAGAACAAAGCCCAAUGGAGGAGAACGCAAACAGCAACGAAGUUGGAUCUAACCAAGAACCUCAAAGUCAAGAAUCGCAAUAUGAGGAACAAGAAAGCCAGAAUAAAAGCCCAACACCAGAGUUGGAAGUAGCUAGGCGGGCGCCAGUCUCCUCGUACAGAGAUUACGCCUCUUCGGGUAGUCCUCCUAGCUCGAGAAACGUUUUAAAUGCAGCCCUGCGUUCCAGGUCGCCACCACCCCCCACUGUAUCUGGUUCUCGCGAAUCCGAUCCUCGCUCCGUUCCCUCUGCGUCGAAGCAACAGCCCGUGUUCAAGAUACCAGCUCCACGUCCAGGUAUUCCUGCAACUUAUGAUCAAGAAAACGACGCGCCCCCAACAUUCAGGCGAAAUAAACAGCCUUUAACCAACGCAAAUAGUGCAGAAAAACAAACUCGGCCAGAAAGCUUCGAUGUACGUGCUAAUGGGUCUCCGGAAAGACGUCCUCUGGCUGUCCGGAGUCACAAUACUCCUCGAAGACCUGCACCUCCACCACCAAAGAUGUCCGUUUUAGAGGCUGCGACCAGUACUGCUGGUGCCGCUACUACAUCGCACGCCAAUGCCAAAAGAAAUAGGCUAAAGGUCAAUGGGAAAAUAUUUACACGUUUGGAUGUUAUUGGACGUGGAGGUAGUUCAAAAGUAUACCGAGUGAUGGCAGAGAACUCAAAAAUAUUUGCAUUGAAGCGUGUUUCCUUGGAAGAUGCAGAUGAAUCGGCUAUACGUGGUUUCAAGGGUGAAAUCGACUUACUAAAGAAGCUGGGCUCUGUAGAAAGAGUAAUUCACUUAUAUGACUACGAAUUAAAUGAUGAGAGAGGAGUUCUUAGUGUGCUUAUGGAGAUGGGAGAAUUGGAUAUGAAUACGAUCCUAAAUCUACGCAUGAAAUCCGAACAAGCCAAGUUAGACGUCAACUUUGUGCGCUACUACUGGAAAGAGAUGCUUGAGUGUCUCCAAGCUGUUCACGCUUACGAUAUUGUUCAUUCUGAUUUGAAACCUCAUAACUUUGUCCUCGUCCAGGGCCGUCUCAAGCUGAUAGAUUUCGGCAUCGCCAACGCGAUCCAAACAGAAGAAACCGUGAACGUCCACCGCGAAACACAAAUCGGUACACCAAACUAUAUGUCUCCUGAAUCCCUCAUGGACUCAAAUGCUUCUGAUGGGAGGAUUCGCAGUGAACCGAAACUCAUGAAACUCGGGAAACCAUCCGAUAUAUGGAGUUUGGGCUGUAUACUUUAUCAAAUGACAUAUGGUCGUGCUCCAUUUGGUCACAUUCAAAACCAACUGCAGCGCUGUCAAGCGAUCAUAAACUUCAGCUAUGAGAUCGAAUAUCCAGCAUACGGUGUGGGCGGUGUUUUGGUUCCCAGCUCUCUGAUUCGAACACUCAAAAACUGCUUGAACCGAGAUCAGCAUAGAAGGCCAUCUGCGGAAGAACUUUUAGCGGACAACGACACAUUUCUGAACCCGUUGGAAAUCGAUAUGGAUAAGCACUUUCCUAUGACGGAAGAAUUGCUGGGCAGAAUUUUGCAAAAUGUUAUACAAAAGUGCGAAGCACUAGGGAGAGUGCCUAGUGAAGGAGAGCUCUUGACUGCGUGGCCUAAAGGCUAUUUCGCAAGUUUAAGGAAGGCCGAGAGGGGUGGAGCAUGA